AUGAUUGGAUCUGCGGCUGAGGGGCCAUCAGGUAUAGCUGGCAGGGUCUUGCAGGCACGCAAGGCAUCACACCAAGUCAAGGUGCAGUCUCGUCGCGAUGGAUUCAGUCCUACAGUGAAAAAUGAAAAAACACAAGAGCAAAUCAACAUGGAGUUCGAGGCAGAAUUGAAGCGGUUACGGGAACGUGAACGUCGCACUCUUCUUCGUUGUGCUGCCAAAGGAAUCGGCGGGCCAACUGACGAGCGUGAGUCGGUGACCAGCGAGUCGGAGGACUACGUGUCACGCGGUUCCCGAUCACCAGGGGAUAUCGGUGCGCAACUCGGCAGGCUUCGUGUGAACAAAGGCGAGCACAGCUGCUCGUCAGAUCUGGAAGAGGACUCCUCGUCUGACGAUGAUCCAGGCGACUCGUAG